AUGGCGACGCCGACCGCGAUGGCGCUGCGUGUGCGCAACUUUGCACAGUCCAACACGUCAGCGACGGGCAUCACCGUCGCACUCCAGCAGCAGGCGACGACGACGACGACGAGCUCUGCCUCGGCAUCAUCCACUUCGAACACGAGUUAUGGUUCGGCCGGGAGCUACUGGGGCGACGGGAACGGCACCUUCUCCAACAGCUGGGUGACCUGGGUCUCCAUCAUCAUCCUUGCAGGCGUCGUCGUCGCACUCCUUGCGUCCCGCUUCUUCUACAUCCGACGCUACUACCCGCCAACCCUCCGGUCCUACUUCAUCCCCGCCAAAGGCAUCCGCAUCCGCCGACUCGGGAUCUACAUCCGUGGUCCGCCCGAACGAAUCCCUCGCGAACCUCCUCCCUCGUACGACAUCGCUGCAAACGGUGGACGACGACGCCGCCGACGCGGGCGGCAGACGGUUGGCGAGACGGUUGGCGAUGGUGGAGUGCGAUUGGGCGAGAGGGACGUCGAUGAUGGAUGGGACGACUUGGACCUUGUGGAGCGCGGUGCGAGGCCGGUAGACGAGUUGCCGCGUUAUACGGCGGAGAACGGCCUGCCGAUGUACACGGUUGGGGACGGGUCGGCGUCGGAGGAGGCGGAGCGGAUACGUGCGAGGGCGCUGGCGGACGGGUUGGAGGACGUUCUCCCCACUGCAGCAGAGUACGAAGCUGCCUCGCGCGGUCAGCGAGACGGAGCCGUCACCCGCACCGAGGCAGACUCGACGCCCGCAUACCCUCCUGUCGCUCACCUUCCCGACUCGCGAAGACCGCCUCUCAAUCCUCGUACGACAACAGCCCGCUCGUCGCUCCUCCUCUCGGCAUUCACGCGUCGCGCACCUUCGCCUGCUCCGUCUACCUCUUCCGCCGCACCCCUCCACUCGCCCUCUGCACCGCGUGCGCACGACUACCCUCCUCGACCCUCGACUUCCUCCGACACGCUCGACGCCCCAGCUCACCCUACCAGCACACUCCGCCGCUCCGCAUCAAGCACGACGUCGACUUCUACAUCUGGAUCGUCCAGCUCGUCCGACGCCGGCAAGACAGGCGAGGAGCGGAAGAAGGAGCGUGGCGAGGACGCGGCGGUUGGUGGGGAGGCGAGCUCGUCGACGCUCAAGUUGGAGGCGAAAGACGAGCGGCGGGAGGGAGACGGGGAUGCACAGUGA